UCUCACAUCGCUCGUUGAAUCCUCAAGCCAAACUAAAAAGAUAAGAAAAUGAUGAUGGUUGCUUGUUCUUUCCUUGAAUCCCAUUAAGUGAUUUGUUUUUCUCCCCCAAGAAUCAUUAAAAAAGGGCUUGAAUCUUGGCUGCAAAUUCCUGUCACCAAGAAAGAAAAACACAAUGACUGAAGUUCUCCCAUCAUCCUCUUCUCACUUCUCUUCACCUUCAAGCCCCAGCGCAACGCAGCACCCCAUUAUCAACACCUCCGUCAGCAUGGUUGCUCAAGAAAGCGACCAAGAAGACGAGUGCAGGCAAGACGGGGAGACGAAAGCAAGGGACAAAGGAGCCCAACAACUGCCUUUAAUAACCAUUUUGGUGACCGCUUUUAGGAAGUCUUUGGUCGGUUGCACCAUCUCCGGGAGUAAAGACCUUUGUUCAAUGGAAAUCGGGUUGCCUACCAAUGUUCAACAUGUUUCCCAUGUCACCUUUGAUAGGUUCCAUGGUUUCCUCGGUUUGCCUGUUGAGUUUGAGCCUGAGGUCCCCAGGAGACCCCCCAGUGCCAGUAAAAGUGUGUUCGGAGUUUCGACGGAAUCUAUGCAGCUUUCGUUUGAUUCCAGGGGAAACAGUGUGCCAACAAUACUACUGCUGAUGCAAAGGCGUUUAUAUGCAAAAGGAGGCCUCCAGACCGAAGGGAUUUUCAGGGUUAAUGCAGAGAAUAGUCACGAAGAGUAUGUUAGAGAGCAAUUGAAUAAAGGAGUAAUACCCGAUGGGAUAGAUGUGCAUUGCUUGGCAGGUCUUAUAAAGGCUUGGUUUAGGGAACUUCCUAGUGGUGUAUUGGACUCUCUUCCUCCGGAGCAGGUGAUAAAAUCCCAGUCCGAGGAAGAGUGUGGUCGGCUUGCAAGGCUUCUUCCUCCGACCGAGGCCGCUCUACUCGAUUGGGCCAUAAAUUUGAUGGCUGAUGUUGUGCAACUGGAACAUCUGAACAAGAUGAAUGCACGGAAUAUCGCCAUGGUGUUUGCUCCAAACAUGACUCAAAUGUCGGAUCCUUUGACGGCAUUGAUGCAUGCGGUCCAGGUGAUGAAUUUUCUCAAGACACUUGUUAUUAGAGCUCUCAAAGAAAGAGAAGAUUCCACGGUAAACUCUGCUCCUAUUUCUCCGUUAGAGCCUUCCGAUAAGAAUGGACGGCCAAGUUGUGCACGACUAGACAGAGAUGCCAAUAACAAGGUUAAAAACCAAAGUGAAGGAGAGAAAGCAUUUGUUGCUCAAGAACCUGAGAUGAAGAGCCCCGCUCAUAACUCUAAAGGCUUCCUAAUUUGUUCUGGAAAUCGAUCUCUAGUUGAUAACAUUGUCGCUUCGGCAAAUGAUCUCGAGGAAGGCGGUAUCCGGAGUGUAUCGGAAAAGAGAAGAAACGGUCAAUCGAGUAUGCCGAGCCUAAAGAAGGGAUCGAAGAAGGCAAAAGAAUGCUCGACGGAAUGCGAAUCGGGAGCCGAGCAGAGGAACAAGGAAACUCGGAUUGUGAACCGCAUAAAUUCGAGAGCUGAGCUUUCUGAGGCUUGGAGGUGAAUGGACUGAAC